AUGUACGUCGUUAAGAGAGACGGACGUCAAGAGACUGUUCAUUUCGAUAAGAUUACGGCGCGGUUGAAGAAACUCAGUUACGGUUUGAGCACUGAGCAUUGUGACCCGGUUUUGGUUUCUCAGAAGGUUUGUGCCGGUGUUUACAGAGGUGUGACUACUAGUCAACUCGAUGAAUUGGCCGCUGAAACCGCCGCCGGCAUGACUGCUAACCACCCUGAUUAUGCUUCUCUUGCUGCUAGGAUUGCCGUUUCGAAUCUGCAUAAGAACACUAAAAAGUCGUUUUCGGAAACUGUGAAGAUUAUGUACAAUCAUUUCAACACUAGAUCUGGGAAGAAAGCUCCUUUGAUUGCUGAUGAUGUCUAUGAAAUAAUCAUGGAGAAUGCGGCUCGAUUGGACAGUGAGAUAAUUUAUGACAGGGAUUUUGACUAUGAUUACUUUGGGUUCAAAACCCUCGAGAGGUCUUAUCUGUUGAAAGUUGAUGGGACUGUUGUUGAAAGGCCUCAACAUAUGAUAAUGAGGGUUUCUGUUGGAAUUCACAAGCAUGAUAUUGAAUCUGCUGUUAAGACUUAUCAUCUGAUGUCUCAGAGGUGGUUUACUCAUGCUUCUCCAACUCUUUUCAAUGCUGGGACUCCUCGGCCUCAGUUGAGCAGUUGCUUCUUGAUAUGCAUGAAAGAUGAUAGUAUUGAGGGGAUUUAUGAUACAUUGAAGGAGUGUGCUGUCAUUAGUAAAUCUGCUGGAGGAAUUGGUGUUUCUGUUCAUAAUAUAAGGGCAUAUGGAAGUUACAUUCGUGGGACAAAUGGGACAUCUAAUGGUAUCAUUCCAAUGCUGCGUGUGUUCAAUGACACUGCCCGUUAUGUUGAUCAGGGAGGAGGCAAGAGAAAAGGUGCUUUUGCUGUAUACUUGGAGCCAUGGCAUGCUGAUAUAUUUGAAUUCUUGGAAUUGAAAAUAAACCAUGGAAAGGAAGAGCAGCGUGCUCGGGAUUUAUUUUAUGCUCUUUGGGUGCCUGAUCUUUUUAUGGAAAGAGUUCGGGGCAAUGGUGAUUGGUCCUUGUUUUGCCCCAAUGAGGCACCUGGUUUAGCUGACUGUUGGGGUAAAGAAUAUGAGAAUCUGUACACCCAGUAUGAAAAAGCUGGAAAAGCUAAGAAGGUUGUUCAAGCACAGAGUCUCUGGUUUGCAAUUUUGAAGUCACAGAUAGAAACUGGAAAUCCUUACAUGCUUUUUAAGGAUGCUUGCAAUAGGAAAAGCAACCAGCAGAAUCUUGGCACAAUUAAGUCAUCAAACCUGUGCACUGAGAUAAUUGAGUACACAAGUCCAACAGAGACUGCUGUGUGUAAUCUUGCAUCAAUUGCACUACCACGAUAUGUCAGAGAUAAGGGUGUGCCUGUGGAGUCUCAUCAGUCUAAGCUUGUUGGGAGCAGAGGUUCUAGUACUCGAUAUUUUGACUUUGAAAAACUUGCAGAGGUUACUGCUGUAGUGACAACAAACCUUAAUAAAAUAAUUGAUGUGAACUACUACCCAGUUGAAACUGCGGAAAGAUCAAACAUGCGACACAGACCCAUUGGUAUUGGAGUUCAGGGUCUUGCUGAUACCUUUAUCCUUCUUGGAAUGGCAUUUGAUUCCCCAGAGGCUCAACAGUUAAACAAAGACAUUUUUGAGACUAUAUACUAUCAUGCUUUAAAAACUUCCUGUGAAUUGGCUGCAAAGGAAGGCACCUAUGAAACAUAUAAUGGUAGUCCUGUAAGCAAGGGAAUUCUUCAGCCUGACAUGUGGGGUGUGACACCCUCCAAUUUGUGGGAUUGGAGUGCACUUCGGGAGAUGAUCUCAAAGACAGGUGUGCGUAAUUCACUUCUUGUUGCCCCUAUGCCAACUGCAUCCACCAGUCAAAUUCUUGGCAAUAAUGAGUGUUUUGAGCCAUAUACGUCUAAUAUCUACAAUCGCAGAGUGUUAAGUGGCGAGUUUGUUGUAGUGAACAAGCACCUUCUUCAUGAUUUGACUGAAAUGGGACUGUGGAAUCCUGCACUUAAGAAUAAGAUUAUCUAUGACAAUGGUUCAGUACAAAAUCUCUCAGAAAUACCAGCUGAACUGAAAGGCAUAUACAAAACUGUUUGGGAGAUCAAGCAAAAGAUAUUGGUUGACAUGGCUGUUGAUCGAGGAUGCUACAUAGAUCAGAGUCAAAGCUUAAAUAUACACAUGGAUAAACCUAACUUUGGAAAGUUAACUUCCUUGCAUUUCUAUGCAUGGUCAAAGGGUUUGAAAACUGGGAUGUACUACCUCCGUACCCGAGCUGCAAGUGAUGCCAUCAAGUUUACUGUUGAUACCUCUGCCAUUAAAGAGCAAGCAAAGGCAGAGGAGGCUGAACUUGAUGAAGAUGCCAAGAUGGCACAGAUGGUGUGCUCUUUGACAAACAGAGAUGACUGUUUGGCCUGUGGAAGUUAA